ACACGGCCAUUCCUGCACGCAGGACUCGGCCGCCGUGGAGCGGAGUUUGCAGCUGCACGCUCAGGCAAUAGGUGGCACUGAGGGACGAUGUAGUUUUGCGUUGUCCCCGAAAAAACGUCACUGCGGAAGAGAGAGCCGGAGGGGAGAGGCUGGCAUUGUGUCCUCGCCCGGAGCAGCGGCCAGGCAGGGAGCGGCAGACAUGUGGCGGGAGAGCCUUCCAAACGCGUGGGAGAGCAUCAUGUCCCAGAUCAGGCCUUUUGACUGUUCCCAGAAGAAUGCAGUCCUGGUCCCUGUGGCCGCCCUGGGGGUUGGAGGGAUGCUGCUUUACUGGCUCAGAUCUGGACGCAAGAUCAAGACUAUUGACAUGGGCGAUGGGUGGUGGGGCGCAGGCGAAAGGCCCCCCAAAGGGAAAGAAGACACAAGCAUCCGUCCCUUCAAGAUUGAAACAUCUGACAAAGAAAUCGAGGAUCUGCACCAGCGCCUGGAUCGGUUCCGCUUCACACCGCACGUGGAAGGAGCCGCCUUCCACUAUGGCUUCAACUCCAGCUACCUGCGGAAGGUGGUGGCCUACUGGAGGAAUCAGUUUGACUGGCGCAAGCAAGUGGAAGAGCUGAACAAAUACCCCCACUUCCACACCACCAUUGAAGGGAUUGAUAUCCAUUUUAUCCAUGUGAAGCCAUCCUAUGUUCCUCAUGGUCAAGCUGUUCGACCUCUGCUGAUGGUCCAUGGCUGGCCCGGCUCCUUUUAUGAGUUCUACAAGAUCAUUCCUCUGCUCACGGAGCCAGCCAAGCACGGCUUGAAUGAGGGUGAUGUGGUGUUUGAGGUCAUCUGCCCCUCCAUCCCAGGAUAUGGUUUCUCAGAGGCCUCUCACCAGAAAGAGUUUGACUCCAUAGCAACUGCUCGGAUAUUUCACAAGCUGAUGAACAGAUUGGGCUUCAAGGAAUACUACCUACAGGGAGGGGACUGGGGAUCUCGCAUUACCACAAACAUGGCCCAGAUGCUGCCACAGUCUGUGAAAGGGCUUCAUCUGAAUCUUGUUUUCAUCCACACGCAAGGUUUGGGAAAGAUGAUUCGUGCAAUGCUUGGAGCUUAUGUACCAUGGCUUGUAGGCUUCAGCAGGGAAGAUGCUCGACGUUUCUACCCUUUCAUGCAGAAAAACGUAUUUGACAUCCUCCGAGAGUCUGGAUACUUACACAUCCAAGCCACCAAACCAGACACUGCAGGUUGUGGACUGAAUGACUCCCCAGUGGGGCUUGCUGCAUAUAUUAUGGAGAAAUUCUCAACCUGGACAGACAAAUCAUUCCUGCAUAAAGAUGAUGGAGGCUUGGAAAGCAAAUACUCUCUUGAUGAGCUUUUGACCAAUGUGAUGAUUUAUUGGGUGACAUCCUCUAUUGUGUCCUCAAUGCGAUACUACAAGGAAAACUUCUCCAAGGACCCAAGAAUUCAUAACAGGGUUGGCGUAUAUGUUCCCACAGGGAUUGCAGCUUUUCCUCAGGAGAUUGUGCAUGUACCACGUGUCUGGGCAAAGGAUGUCUACAAGAACAUCAUCACUUACACUUACAUGCCACGUGGAGGGCAUUUUGCUGCCUUUGAGGAACCAAAGCUCCUGGCACAAGACAUCAUGCAGUUUGUCCGAAAAGUGGAACAGCUGUGAGCCUGCAGUUGAAAUAUAUACAUAUAUGGAAUGGAAACAAGUGCUUGACCAGUGGCAGAACCUUUAGACUGGAUUUGUUUAAUCCCUCAAAAUAAUCACAUAUAGACACCAGCAUUUUAUUGUGAUAAUAAUUACAGUCCUGAUUUUUAAAAUCAAGUUGUAAUGUUUUCAUAAGAAAAAAAACAUAACCAAAAAUCCAAAAA